AUGCGACUUUUAUUCCUCUUUCUUCUUUCCGUCCUCCGAGACGCUAGGACUUAUGCAGCGAAUCCUCUGGUGAUGAACUGGUCUUCACAGGCAUACGGCCCAGAUGGGCCCUGGCAAGCUGUUACGAUAGACAUAGGCAGCAAUAGACAGCCCGUCGCGCUUUAUCCCGGUGCCAAUUGGGCCACCACCAUUUUGGCAGACUCAAUUUGCUCGAAUACGACCCUCUCAAACACUUGCUACGCAGCACGCGCUGGCACUUACAACCAGAGUGAAUCAACCACGGCGGUCGCCUUGAAUCGGAGUUCAUGGGAAACAUCUUAUUGGAACGUGCAAGGAGGAAGUAUAAAAAGUACCGUUGGCGACCAGGUCACUGUUGGUCCUGUCGUACCAAAUGUCAGCUUCACGACAAUCUAUCAAACAUACCAGACCUAUCCCAAUGGCAAGGCAUAUCCGGUACCAGUUGGAAAUCUGGCCUUGGGUGCUCCGUAUUUGAAAAACGUGGUCUCUGGCUUAACCCUCAACAUGAUCGCAGCGUGGUUGUAUUCCUCCGGGAGAGAAAACAGUAUCCCGUCUUACUCGUACGGAAUGCAUAUCGGGUCUGUGAAUCCAGCGAUUCCGGGAUCUCUGGUGUUGGGUGGCUAUGAUAAAAGCCGGGUUCUUGGUGAAGUGAGUUCACAGUCGGUAAGCUUGAGUUCAUAUUCUAGUGGUACAUGGCAGAUUGUAUUGAAGGAUAUUGGACUCGAUGUUGCGACAGGAGGGUCGCCACCGGGCUUCACGAGCAAGAAAGGGUUGUUUAUGCAAAGCAGUGGUACUGUGCUACCCAAGUCAGUCACCGUUGAUCCUACGAAGCCCUAUUUGUAUCUCCCAGAAGCUACCUGCGAUGCAAUCACUUCGUCCUUUCCAGUCUCGUUCAACAAUGACUUGGGACUGUACAUUUGGGACACGACCCGCAGUACCUAUGCCAAUCUCACUUCAUCCGCGACAUAUAUUUCCUUCUCGUUCAACAAAAAUGGCUUGAAUGAUGAGACAAUUACAGUCAAGGUUCCCCUUAGGCUGCUCACACUUACGCUGCAAGACCCGCUGGUCGACAAAAACGUCACGUACUUUCCCUGUUUCUUUUCAAGUGAUACACCGGUUCUCGGUCGCGCCUUUCUACAGGCGGCAUUUGUUGGCGUCAAUUGGUUCGAAGGAAACAACAGUGGUACGUGGUUCCUGGGUCAGGCGCCAGGUCCAGGUCUUCCCAAGGCGGAUAUCACAGCCAUCAACGUCAAGGACACUACUCUUGCUGCAUCAAGCAAUUCCUGGGAACAGAGUUGGGCUGGACACUGGCAUCCUCUUGCAGAUUCUCAUUCCGACUCUAGCCCCGGUAAUUCAAACAGUGGGCUUACUACGGCGGCAAAAGCGGGCAUCGGCAUUGGAGUUGGAGUAGCUGGAGCGAUUCUCAUUGCAGCGGUAGUAUGGAUCGUGAUCCUGCGUCGUCGCAGACGUCAAGCCCCGGCCGCAGCCGCCCCUGUGGAGAAAAGGAAGCCGGUUUUUAGAGGGUUUGCCGAAUUAGCUUCUUCGAGAAACGUCGAUGAUCGGCCAAGAGAGUUGGACACUAAAGUAGAUGUGAAGCCGAAAGAAAUGAUGGGCUCGCAGGAGCCACCGCGUUAUGAGCUAGAGUGA